CCCUCCCCCCGGCCGGGAACAAAGGCCGAGUGUUUGCUCCCAGGAGGUGCGGACGGGGGCCCCGGUGGGGGGCGGGGUCCCUCGGCCUAAUCUCCACACCCCUCCCCGCCCCCAUCUGGCUCGUCCUCCCGGGACCGGGGGCGGAGGAGGAAUCAGCCAGUCCGACGGCAGAGCCGCUCUGCCCUUCGCCAUCCUGACACUGGUGAAUGCCCCUUACAAACGGGGGUUCUACUGUGGAGAUGACUCCAUCCGCUACCCCUACCGCCAGGACACCAUCACCCACGGGCUCAUGGCUGGGGUCAUCAUCACGGCCACCGUUGUCCUCGUCUCGGCCGGGGAGGCUUACCUGGUGCACACCGAGCGUCUCUACUCUCGCUCGGACUUCAACAACUACGUGGCCGCCGUCUACAAGGUCUUGGGCGCCUUCCUGUUCGGGGCAGCUGUGAGCCAGUCGCUGACGGAACUGGCCAAGUACAUGACUGGCCGCCUGCGCCCCAACUUCCUAGCCGUCUGUGACCCCGACUGGAGCCGCGUGAACUGCUCGGUGUACGUGCAGCUGGAGACGGUGUGCAGGGGGAGCUCCGUGGCCGUCACGGAGGCCAGGCUCUCUUUCUACUCUGGACACUCUUCCUUCGCCAUGUACUGCAUGACCUUCUUGGCGCUCUACGUGCAGGCCCGGCUGCGCUGGCGCUGGGCCCGGCUGCUGCGGCCCACCCUGCAGUUCCUCCUGGUGUCCUUCGCCCUCUACGUCGGCUACACCCGCGUGUCCGACCACAAGCACCACUGGAGCGACGUCCUCACUGGGCUCCUGCAGGGGGCGCUGGUGGCUGCUCUCACGGUCUGCUACGUCUCCGACGUCUUCAAAGUGCGGCCCCCGCGGUGCUGCCCGGAGGAGGAGCUGGAACGGAAGCCGAGCCUGUCCCUGACGCUGACUCUGGGCGAGGCUGACCACAACCACUACGGGUACCCAGUGUCCUCUGCCUGAGUGCGGCCCGCCUGGGCUGGCGGGACACAGGCUGUGGCUGGCUGUGUGCAGCCUGGGAGGAGCCCCCGGUGGACCUGAGGCCCUGGGAGGGCCCCCCGGACAACCUGUGACCUUGGAGGGCCCCCCGGAUGACCUGUGACUUGGGAGGGCCCCCCGGAUGGGCCUGUGGUCCUCGGUGGGUUCUGAGCAACGUGGACGGGCUCAGGCUCCUGGAGCUGCUGGGGGCAGUGAGUGGAUCCCCUCCCUGACCCUUGCACGGACCAGGAGUACUGGGGGUCCCUGGGGCAGCCCUGAGGUUUUGGGGUGGGGACCCUGCCCCCUUGCUGUUUGAGGAUCCCCUUCCUCUUACAGGGAUUAGGGAAAGCCCCAGGGAGCAGAACGCGUUCUGUUUUUGUAAAAUGUGAUGGGCGUGUGGAUUUCUAGUAAGAGGACAUCUUUGGCAAAUGUU